CAUGAGACUUUAUUGACUUAGAAAUAUUGUGGUAUGGAGACCUUCAAGUCUCUCUCUCUCUCUACAAAAAGGACCAAGUUCAUAGUGUUUUUGCAACUAUUUUUGCAGAUUGUUUUCUUUUUUCUCCUCCAUGGAUAAGUUACAUUACUCUGGUAAAAGGUCUUCCAUGGCUGCUAUAAUGCUACUCCUUGGGGUAUUAAUGGCUACCCUGUACCAAACAGAUGCCCAAAUAGGAGUUUGUUAUGGAACAAAUGGUGAUAAUUUACCAUCUAGGCAAGAUGUUGUAGCUCUUUACACUCAACAUGGCAUCCAAAGAAUGAGACUCUAUGACCCAGACCAACAAGUUCUCCGAGCCCUUGGAGGCUCCAACAUUGAGCUUAUUCUAGGUAUGCCAAACUCCCAUCUCCAAACACUAGCUGUUAGCCCAGAUGAUGCAGAUACAUGGGUCCAAAACAAUGUCAAAAACUUUAGCAAUGUCAAAGUCAAGUACAUCGCGGUUGGCAACGAAGUCGAUCCAUCAGACAACAGCACAGCUCAAUUUCUUGUCGAUGCGAUGCAAAACGUGCACACCGCCAUUGUCAAUGCAGGGCUUGAAAACCAAAUUAAGGUUUCAACUGCCAUUCACAGUAGAUUUCUUGGAAACAGUUUUCCUCCAUCACAUGGGUCUUUUAGGCCUGAAAUUCCAUUAUCCUUCAUCGAUCCCAUUAUUAUUUUCUUGUUGAACAGUGGUUCCCCAUUGCUUGUAAACUUAUACCCUUAUUUCAGUUAUGCAGCCGACACGAAUAACAUUGAUCUUGAUUACGCUCUAUUCACAUCUCCCUCAGUUGUGAUGACUGAUGGCUCACUCCAAUACCAAAAUCUGUUUGAUGCAUUGUUGGAUGCUUUUUACUCCGCGAUAGAGAAGGCAGGCAGUGGCUCUUUGGAGAUCGUUGUGUCUGAAACAGGUUGGCCUUCAGCUGGUGGAACUGGUACAUCUGUUGACAAUGCAAGGAUCUACAAUAACAAUUUGAUUCAGCAUGUGAAAGAAGGGACACCGAAAAGGCCGGGAAGGGCUAUAGAGACUUACAUAUUGGCUAUGUUUGAUGAGAAUUAGAAGAGCGGAGAUGUUGAGAGACACUGGGGACUCUUUCUACCAAACAAACAGCCUAAAUACCCAAUCACGUUACAGCCCCUAAAUUUUAACUGGAUCUUAUCAUGUUAUUGACAAAGGGUAUGUUUGAUUUAUGGAUUUGAGGAGGGAUUUAGAAAAAGAAA